GGACGCUAGCCGGUUGCUAGGACACCAGCUGCCUCCAAGGCAACGGAAUUGUUGAGCACAAGUUCACGGGCUGUUGGGGAAAAUGAAGAAGUGUGUUUGUGAGCUCUGUAACUGUGGACGGCACCGUUGCCCACACAAGCCCACAUCUCUCUAUGGCAAAGGGAACACAACAACAUGUGAUCUGACAGAGUACUCGGAGCGGUUCCCAGUGUACACGGGUCUGUACAACCCUCCCAACAGCAUGAAACCCAAGCCAGAGAUAGACACAGAUAAGAAGAGAAUGGACGGCACUACGACGUUCAAGACAGACUUCAUUGCCCAUGAGGUCACGCGUCGACAGGGCCGCCAGCCUGCUGAGUACAGGCCUAACCCAGAGAAGAUUGACCUUGGAACCACCUACAACAAGGACUUCAACCCCUACGAGUUCUCACAGCCCUCUUUCGCCGUCAGGCCCAAAGACAUGACUCACAGCAUGGACAAACAUAAGAUGGUGACCAUCCCGAGCUACAAAGACGACUUCAAACAGUGGGAGAUCCACAGGCAGCCGCUAAUCAAGCCCAAAUAUAGUUACCGACCUCCCACCUGCAAGUUCGGCGGUCCCACCACCUUCCAGGACGACUUCAUCCAUGGGGGGGCCAUGGCCCAGCGAGCGAGCUUCAAGCCCCCCAACGUGGUGCAGAGCACCAGCAUCCCCAUGGAGAGUUUCACCUCCAACCGCCACGCGUUCGUCUCCCACGUGCUGGAGCCCCGCUGGCAGCGGCCCCCGGAGACGUACAAGCCCAGCGGUCAGCCCCUAGAGAGCCUCACCACCAACCGCCAUGACUUCCAGGGUCUGGCCGGGGGGGUCCCCGCGAGCUGCAAGCCCAAGACCAACGAGUACUCCUGCAUGGCGGCGUCUAGCCUUCCCAUCCAGGCAAGCACGGAGAAUAAGGAGCAGUUUAAGUCGUGGCCCAUCUCCCUGCCCCAUUUCCACAAGAAGGAGAUGUAUGUGGGCCCUACAGAGCACAUGGACAUGGGCACCACCAUGGCUAAUGCCUACGUGAAGCACCAGAUCCAGCCUUUCAUCUUUGCCAAGGCCCAGGCCACAGCCAAAAUGUCUUCCGCUCCCUUGGAGAAUCGCACCACGAUGCGGGAGGACUUCCCUUCCUGGGGGGUCCACACCAGGCAGCCCAUCGUCCGAAAUGAUGAAAUGUACAAAUCCAGGGGGAAAAUCGAGGAUCUCACCACCUUCAGGGCCCAUUUCACGGCCCAUGAGCUGACCCCCAAUAAGAACUUCAAGCCGCCCAAUCAGCCUCCAAGAAGCGACGCUCCGAUGGAGGACUCUACAAUGUAUCGCUCCGAGUUCACGCCCAAGAGAAUCACCGUGUGCCCGGCCAGCUUCGAGCUUCCUCCAGGCUACAUGUUUGAGGACAGCGAUGACAGGGGCCACAAGUACUUCAGCAAAAUGUCUCCCAAGGACAACAGCCUCCAGCUACCCCCCGACAACGCACUGGCCCCCAUGCAAAGUGCAGUGGCGGUGGGGUAAUAAAGAGCCAAAGCUAGCACUUAAACACA